AUGGGAUGGUGUCCCGCUGCAUCCCGACUCACUUCAAGCACUUCACUCUGGCAACAAGAACUUCUUCUACGUUAUGGAAAUGAAAUAGUGCUUCUUGAUGCUACCUAUCAAACUACAAGGUAUUCUCUUCCUUUACUUUUUUUAGUAGUGAAGACUAAUGUCGAUUACCAAGUUAUAGCUACUUUUGUAAUUGAAAACGAAACAAAGAAGUCUAUCACAGAAGCAUUAAAUAUAAUAAAGCAUUGGAACACAUCAUUUAACCCUGCUUUUUGUAUGACUGAUUAUUGCAAAGAAGAAAUAGAAUCCUUGCAAUCUAUUUUUUCAGCUUGUCGAGUUAUCAUAUGCGAUUUUCAUAGAGAGCAGGCAUGGGAUCGCUGGCUUUUCAAAAUCAAAAAUGGCUGUUCUGAAUUUAAAGGCAGCAUAAUUUCAUUGUUGCGUUGUGUUGCCACAGCACAAACUGAAGAUCACGCAAAAGCUGCUAUUGAGUCACUACAUUCUUCAAACUUUUGGGUAGAAGAAAAAUUUGAUAAAUUUAAGAAAUAUAUUACAAAUUAUUGGUUAAGUAUUAAAGAAAAAUGGAUAUGGGCUUAUCGCCGUGAUCGAUUGUUAGUAAAUUUAAAUACUAACAAUGGGAUUGAACGACAAAACGAAUCAUUCAAAUACUCUUUUCUUCAACGACAUAAAAACUCUUCUAUUACUGGCAUGCUAACUGUGUUAAUUGAAGAAUUCUUUCCAGAUAAAUUAGAACAUUAUUCAGAGUCCAAUUUCAAAAUGAAUUGUCAAUACAGACGUUAUAGUAACAACAUCCCUGAAUACUUACAUAAUAGGCCACAUCAUUUUGUUAAGCAUUGUUUGCAGAAAAUUGAUUUGGCUAACAAAACUGACUUAGAUGUAGUAUUAUUAAACGAUCAUGGAUUGUUUAAAGUCAAUAGCUUUUCAGAUAAAAAUAAAAACUACAUUGUUUAUUUUGGAGAUAAAGAUACAAUGCCAAAAUGUAGCUGUGUUGCCUGGUCGCAAUCAGCCUACCUGUACAAGCAUUUUUUCCUAAUAUUUAGAAAAUAUCCACAGGCUUGGUCUUGGCAAUUAUUAUCAUCUUUAUAUAGGGAAUCCCCUUUUCUUAAUAUUGACAUUAAAAAUGACUUGAUAUUAAAGGAACCAUUCAUAUACAAAUGCAAUCAUGUAAAAAAUUAUAUUAAUGAAAAUGAUAUUACUGACAAUAAUACUAACUCUAUCCUUUCAACCCCUGAUACAGUAUCUUUAAAACCUUCUGAUGAAAUUAAUUGUAAAAGGGCUUUUGCUGUUUCAGAAGUACGUGAAAUGCUAGCAACAAUUAAAACUCUGACAUAUGAUUUUGAUGAAGCAUCUGAAGAAAUUAGCGAUUUACAUAAAAAACUAUCAGAUAUUCUUGAAACUCUAUAUCGAGCAAGAAAAAAAGAAAAAGGUCUACCUGUUAGGGAUAAAAAAGCCAAUGACUACAUACCCAAUAAUCUAUCAAAAGUAGUUGAAAUACCUAGUCUUAAAAAAAAAAAAAUUUCUCACAGGUUAGGAAAAAAAAAAGAUUUAUUGCUCUCAUCAUGUAGCAUCAAAGCUGAUUGUGCUGUUCAAGAACCACAAAUACAAGAGUUUGUUAUUACUGAUGAUAUAAUAGCAGGGCAAUCAACUUUUAUAACUGAUUUGUUAGAUUCAACAAUUACAGAGACCUUUUUAACUGAUGGUGAUAAACAGAAGGUAACAUCAAUUCCUAUGCCUAUAGCUAAAGAUUUAGAAGAUUUAUCAAAUAUUGAAAAUGUUUUAUCUGGUGAUGAUAACAUAAAAGUUACUUCAAGUCAUACACUAGGAACUAAGGAUAUAGAAGAUAUUUUAAGUAACAGAAUGUUGUCUGAUAGUGUUAUUCAAUAUUUUCAAAAUUUGAUUAAAAAAGUUCAUCCAUCUGCAAAUGGGUUGCAAGAUCCAAUACUUGGACAAAAACUUUUUUUUAAGGUUCAAGGUUCUCAACCAUUUGUUCAGGUUUUGUUUAAUGGACAUCAUCACUGGCUUGCUGUUAGCACAUAUGGUUGCAAAUAUGGAGAAGUGUAUGUACUUGACAGCAAUUUUCAAGGAUCUUUAUCAUUAGAUACUCAGAGGCAAAUAUGUUAUCUUUUAAGUUAUAACAUGUCAGCAAUUAAACUUUUGUAG